UUUCUUAAGGUUGGCCUUUGAGUUUGUCUUCAGCUGUGUUCACUGUGUAGGAGACACAUACUGAAGCACAACACAUCACUGCACUGCUGCCUACAGAUAUGGGUUGUUAUGAAUGCUGUAUGCGCUGUCUGGGAGGAGUACCCUAUGUCUCUCUGGCAGCCACUCUACUGUGUUUUUCUGGCAUUGCUCUUUUCUGUGGGUGUGGACAUCAGGCCCUUACAGAGAGCGAAAGACUCAUUGAAACAUACUUUGCCCGCAACAAUCAAGACUACUACACCCUUGUGUACCUUAUUGAAUAUUUUCAGUACAUUAUCUACGGCCUGGCUUCCUUCUUUUUCUUAUACUGUAUAGUUCUGCUGGCUGAAGGCUUUUACACCACCAGUGCAGUUCGGCAAUCAUUUGGAGAAUUCCGAAGUACAGUUUGUGGUCGCUGUCUCAGUACGACGUUCAUUGUGAUCACAUACUUCCUGGUUGUAGUCUGGUUGCUGGUGUUCUCCCUCUCUGCAUUUCCUGUAUAUUUUUUCUACAACAUGGCCAAAACCUGUCAAACUAUCAAUUUCCUUUCUGAAACACCCUCCAGCAUCAACCAGCUGUGCAUUGAUGCCAGACAGUACGGUUUACUUCCAUGGACUGCAAUUCCCGGAAAAGCUUGUGGAAUGACCCUGUCAAAUGUGUGCAAGACAAGAGAGUUUUCCUUGACCUACAAUCUCUACAUCGCUGCCUUCGCUGGAGCAGGCAUGACGGUCUUGGCUCUGCUCACAUAUACUGUGUCCACCACCUAUAACUUUGCAGUUCUACGGUAUUUGGGGAGGAAAGGGAUCAGUCCACGGUGUUAACAUCUGUUCUGUCCUGGUGUCCACAGUGUCCUGCUACGUCAAUAACAGCACCAUCUUCAAGCACUUUAGAGUUUCGCAUCCUUAUUACCACAAAACGACACAAUUUCUUGGCUUUCUUUGGGAAUUUAUUUGUUUUUUAUAUAUAUUUUUUGGAUGUAAAGAUUUACUUUUUAUAUCUUUGCUCCAAACAAACGUUCCUUCUAUCUGAUUUUUCCAUCUAUUACCAACAGAGCAGAUGCUCUGCCUUCAGUUCAUCUGGGAUGUUAUGCUGAUGUAACAAGGACACUUUUAUUUGUGUAUUUUAUCAUUCUUGUUCUGCCACGAGAAUGAUAGUCACCUCAUAAACCAGCUGAGCGAGUUUACUUCUUCAGGAAUGCAUCACUAAACCAUACAUUAAAAAGUUAUGACGAAAAAAUAA